AUGCCCGAGUAUUUAGAAAAUGUGAACAAUUUUCUUGGAAUUGAGCCGUUGGGUUUGGCGGUCGUGGUCGGUUGUGCCAAUGGGCCAGAGGGCGUAGACCGAGUGUCAGUGACCACCCUGACUCAAACGUUCAAGUGGGGGAAGCAACCAACCCGAGCGCCAUCUGCUUGCUGUGGGGCGCAUCUGAUUCCUCCUCUUCUUCUUUUGCCGUGUCUCUCAUCCUCACCGCGUGCUUCUUCCUCGACCUCGCGAGGGGCAAGAGAAAGGACCAAGGGAGCGAGGACGCAACGUCACGCGCCGCCGAAUCGAUUUGUAAGGGAGGCCGGGUCGUCCACAGCGUCCCCCUCACCUUUAUCCUUCUCCUCUCGCAAAGGGCCUAUCACCACCUCCUCUAGCGUCGCCGCCCCAGCUUUGACGGCCUCCUCGCCAGCUGCUACCUCCACCUCUGCAUUGGGCGAGUCUCGGUCGAGACAGCGCCGACGCCUUAGGAAGCAGCGCCAGCGCCUCCAACGGCAGCAACAGCAACAACCUGCUGCACCAACACCCACCACUCCAUCCAGCAGUGCUGCCCCACUCUGCAACCAACCGAAUCGCAGCACCACCACCACUACCACUACACCGUCGAAGAUCGCCCCCUCGCGGUCGCCGUCAAACCUUUCGCCCACUUCCAACCGCCCCCAUUCCAAUUUAAAUUCAAAUUCAGCACCGCGUCGCCCGCAGACACAUCGUCACAGCCCCAAGCGACCGUCAGCGACGCCCAACGAUAAUACUUCAGUGACCAAAGCCACAUCGCCAUCAUCUUCAUCAUCGCCAGCGGCAGAACCACAGCAGGAAGAGGAGGAGACAGUCCGGUUCUUCGUAACGCGCCUCAAGAUGAGCAAAUUCAAAGUAGGCGACCUCGUGUGGGUCAAAUUG